GGCGAUAUCCCAGAGAGAGAGCGCAUAACAAACAUGGCGACAGGACGGAACGGAGGAAAAGGGAUCACGCUGAAUCUUAUACUGUUGCUGUGGCCUGGGGUGUGCGCGAGCGCGGCGGAGACCGGAAGCGACAGCCGUAUCCUCGGCAUGCGCUUGGAGAGAAGCGACAAACCCGCGGCGACCACCGACGACGGCAUCGUCCAGGUGACGGAGGAGAGCAACAUCUUGCUCCGGUUGUACGGGUUACACCUCAGUAACGACACCUGGGCGCAGGUGAGGUUCGUGGAGCUCGGAGACCAAAGCGACGGGUUUAACGCGACUUGUGAUGAUUUCACUAAAGACAUCACUGUGAACGUCGGUGUGAACGUCAACAGUCAGGGGACCUCCGGGGUCCUGAGCGUUAAGAUCAAGCUGCUGAGGAAGAGCGAGGCGCAGAGGGAUUACGCGCUGUGCAUCAGGAACGACCAGGACUCCAGGUGGUACCUGCUCGGAGACAACGACGGCAGGAUACGUGUGGUGGAAGAAAAGAAGUCCAUGCUUCCUCUGUGGCUUCAGGUGAUCCUGAUCUGCUUCCUUCUGGUGCUGUCUGGUAUGUUCAGUGGUCUAAACCUGGGGCUUAUGGCACUGGAUCCUAUGGAGCUGCGCAUCGUUCAGAACUGUGGCACGGACAAGGAGAAGAAGUAUGCGAGGAAGAUCGAGCCCAUAAGAAGGGAAGGGAACUACCUGUUGUGUUCGCUCCUGCUUGGGAACGUGUUGGUCAAUACGACUCUCACCAUCCUUCUGGAUGAUCUCAUAGGAUCAGGUAUCGGCGCUAUAGUGGCUUCUACUAUAGGGAUUGUCAUUUUUGGUGAGAUCGUUCCUCAAGCUCUGUGUUCUCGUCACGGUUUGGCCGUCGGUGCGAACACCAUCCUAGUCACCAAAUUCUUCAUGCUGGUCACCUUCCCGCUGUCGUAUCCUGUCAGCAAGCUCCUGGACUGCAUUUUAGGUCAGGAGAUCGGCACCGUGUACAACCGAGAGAAGCUCGUGGAGAUGUUGAGGGUCACCGAGCCGUAUAACGACCUGGUCAAAGAGGAGCUGAAUAUGAUCCAAGGUGCGCUUGAGCUCAGGACCAAAACGGUCGAGGACGUCAUGACGCCGCUUUCUGACUGUUUCAUGAUUCACAGCGAUGCCGUGUUAGACUUCAACACCAUGUCUGAGAUCAUGGAGAGUGGAUACACACGCAUUCCUGUCUACGAGGAGGAGCGCACUAAUAUCGUAGACAUCCUGUUCGUGAAGGAUUUAGCCUUCGUGGAUCCGGAUGACUGCACCACUCUGAAGACCAUCACUAAGUUUUAUAACCAUCCCGUCCAUUUCGUGUUCCAUGACACCAAACUGGAUUCCAUGCUGGAGGAAUUUAAAAAAGGUAAGUCUCACUUGGCCAUUGUCCAGAAGGUGAACAAUGAAGGUGAGGGCGAUCCGUUCUACGAGGUGCUGGGAUUGGUGACAUUAGAGGACGUCAUCGAAGAGAUCAUCAAAUCUGAGAUUCUGGAUGAGUCUGACCUUUACACUGACAAUCGGACGAGAAAAAAGGUGGCGCCCAAUAAAAACAAGCGUGACUUCUCCGCCUUUAAGCACGAGAGCGAAUCCAAAGUUAAAAUCUCUCCUCAGCUAUUAUUGGCUGCCCACCGAUUCCUUUCCACAGAAGCGAAUUUAUUCAACCAGUCUCAGAUCUCUGAGAAGGUCCUGUUGAGGAUCUUAAGGCACCCCGACGUCAUUCAGGAGAUCAAAUUCAAUGAGAACGACAAGCGAUCGCCUCAUCAUUACCUCUACCAGCGUGGCAAAGCCGUCGAUUACUUUAUCCUCAUACUGCAGGGUCGUGUGGAGGUGGAGGCUGGUAAUGAGAAUAUGAAGUUUGAGACAGGGCCUUUCUCCUACUACGGUGUCAUGGCACUUAAUGCUACAUUAGAGUUCCGUUCACCGUCUCGCAUCAGCGGACUAAACCGUUCGUCAUCUCUUAACUGCACGGAUCGCUCAGAGUCGCAGUCCAUCAGUGGUAGCAACACACAGCUGAACAGCUCCCCAGCCGCACAUUACGUCCCCGACUUCAACGUUCGUGCGCUGACUGACCUACAGAUAGUCAAGAUCACUCGGUCGCAGUACCAGAACGGUCUGAUGGCAUCUCAGUUGGACAAUUCUCCCCAGUCUCCAGACAGCGGACAGAUGCGUGUGGAGAACAACAGCACGGUGUCUCAGUCUCCAUCUGACAACACGCUCACACUCCCUAUGACAGACACGCCACCAGACGAGCACACGUCACUCCUAAACGAGCAGAACUCCCUGUCUACUCGGCAGACCAUUAACAGCACACAGAGCGAGAUCUGAUUCUCAUGCACAACUUUCCAACAGCAUGCUAGAGACCACCAUCCAAUACACUACUUUACACACACACACAAACACACUUUCCAGCCUGAACAAUGAAACUUGCAGACGUCUGAAUUACUGACACAUACACCCAUAUAAUCUAUUUAACUUUCUGAUAUUCUUCAGUUGUACAAAUUUAAAGCUGCCAAAAUGAAGGGCAAUUGGAUGGAGAAAAAACUGGAUGGAGAAAAAACUCUGUGAUUGCACUGAGAAGUUAAGUCUGGAUGAUGGACUGAGUUGUUUUUUGAGCAAACAAUGCAUCUGGGCAUUUUAAAGACUGAAAUUUUUUAUAGAAUGAAUAUUUGUUUAGAAAGCCAAUGUUUAAUUUUCUGGUGUUCAGAGGAAGAGUGGGGCAGUUCGUGAGGAAAGCUGAAACCUAUGUGAAAUAAGUGGUCCAGUAAGACUACAGAUUACAGGAAUAUUCCAGCGUUUUUCAGAUUAAUCUCUAUCCACUGCAUGUGUAGUGUAUGAGCGAGGAGCACAGAUAAGAAUUUUAAUGCAAGGAGAAUUUAUCUUGGAAAAAACUGUAUUUAUAUAAAGGAAGUGCAAUUGUCAGAAUGUUGAAGAACAACUAUACAGUAUAACGCAUUUUUGAUGACAGUUGUAAAUUAAGCACAUUGGAUUGUAGUUUAAUAUCAUAAGUCAACGGUUUUUCUGUGAAUUCUUUUAAAUAGUACCAGGAAAUUAGUCCAAAUUCUUGACUGUAGUAAUCUCGGCUGUGCUACAAAUGUGAUCAGAGGAGAUUUAUUUGAAAACGCUGAGGCAGUUACUUUUUUAGAUACAUGUGUGUAUUCAUGUUCAUGCUCAACUGUUUUAAAGAAUCUUCAUCUUUAAUCCUAAUCGCACCAAAAUCCAAGAUGUAUCUCAGGGAGACAAUAAGCACCACAUCUAUAAAUCUAUAUGUUAAACAAUUCUCUGUUUUUCAUUAUACAGUAUAAAAUAGAAUAAGUGACCAAAAAAAGAGAAACUUAAGCAUGUUGAAGUUUCAUCUUGUAUCGAGUCCCCGUAUUUGCCUACUGUAAGUGAACUUUCUAAUGUUUUUUGACCAUCUGUUCAUAUUUAAAGUGAAUCACUGUACAAGCAGUGAGUCUAACUGUUGACUUUCCAGUGUCUGUGGAAAAUGCAUAAAUAAGCUUUAAGAAUUGAACUUGAAGAUAACCCAAAAGACACACACACACACACACACACACCCUUAUAUACUGUAUUUAUUUGACGUAUAAUUUCAAACUGUAUAUUUUCUUGUGAAAAUGUCAUUUUUUUUCUUUGUCUUUAUUUUAAUUUUUUUAAAUGUGUUUUAUCGUUCUUGCCUUGAAGAUAUAAUUCAGAUCAACAGCAUGUCUCGGUACUGAAGCAUCACAUCGUAUCACAUUUCUGGUCCAAUUAAAAGACAAUCCGUUGUUGCAUCCAAACCAAAAAGAUCUUUAUUUAUACAAAAUUAACUCAGAGUCCUGGAAAUAAUGAUAUGUUUUGUUUUUUUUUUUCUUGCUCUAGCCUUUUAUUUUUUUGGUUUUGUUUUCACUGUGAGGGUUUUAUUUUGCUUUAUACCAAAUCUGGAAAAACUCACCCUAAACAGCCUGUAUGCAGGACAACAGUCUUAGCCAAAUAAAUACCAGAAAACUGA